AUGAAGCCUUACGAGAUUUUUACUAUUAGAGAGUACGACAUGGUCGUUGCCGUCACUUUCGACGCCAUCAAUCGAGGCCUACGCAAGUUGGCCGAGGCUGAUACCAAGUUCCAUACAUUAAUCAUUGAGAUGACAUUCGACGAUCAGGGUGAUCGAGUCGGAAAGCUUCAUGACAAAUGGGAUACUGUUCCCACAAACCCUGCCAACGGCCUGCCAGUAAAUACGACCUUGCGCGGGGAAUAUAUUCCUACCGUCACUGUCAGUGAAAGCGGUUGGGUUGUUCAACUGGGCGUGGAAUUCACGUCGGGGAGUGUGUGGUUCCGAGACGUCUUCUCUGGCAAUAUACGGCCAGCCCAGAACCUGGCUGGAUGGAAGUGGAGCAUUCCAAUCAAGGUCGGCUUUGCCGAGAUUCGCAAUGAGAACAGGACAAGGCUGAUUCCCGACGUUGUGAAAAACCACUUGGAGCAUUUCACUUCUCAAGGAUUUCUUAUAUCAAGCAUCUUCUGUGACCUCCAGAACAUUGAUCUCCUCAGCACCGUUCCAGCGGUUGCAACUACGGACCCGAAUGUCACCAUCAAGGACGUCUACAAGACUAUGUUCUCUACGCUUUUAGCAGAUUGGCUUGGGCAUGUCAAACAGAACGCAGCCAUCAAUCCAUACAUUUUAGGCUACGUUCCCAGCUAUCCAACGUCUUCCGAUCCAGACGCUGAUGUCCCGGAUUCUCUCAAACCAGUUGGAAACACAUUCAAUGUCUUCUUUGAUCCGGCAGAACAACCAAGAAGCACUCUCAACUUCAUCAUUAACACCAAGAGCUCUUCGAUUCGGCCCGGUACCCAGCCUCCAACCGACAUCUUCGACUCCAGCUGGUUGUCUCCAACAGAUAUUUGCGAUGGCAAAAUGUCCUUUUCCUUCCGGUCUUUUGUAGAGACUUUGGUCUUGAGAACAUUUUACGACACAUAUGCGGCGGGCAUACAUGAGCAGAUCUCGAGUGGUGGCAUUGACCUAGGUGCCUUUAAGACAUACGAUGAAGCCAAGACACCCACUGACACCGGCUACCACUUCGACGUCUACGAUGCGCAAGGCGAUCCUCUGAACCAAUGCAAAACCAACUUUGAUGUCUCCUUCUCCAAAUCGUCACAGGGAAUCUCCAUCGACAUUGCAGGUUACCUUUACUGGUACAAGGAGAAAAAGAAACAUGUCACAGUUGCUGGCAAAUCGGAAGUUGCUCGUGCUUGGGCUGGCGGCGAGAUGUCUUGGAAAGCCACUAUUCCCAUCACUUUACAGGAUGGCGACAGCGACACACCAAAGUUCGAGGUUGCGAAACCAAUACUUGUCCCCACGCCGAUCAGGACAUGGCAUGACCAAAAUGGCGUUUCAAAAAGCCUCGGCCAGAUUGAGCAUUUGAUUGGCGACUUAAUAAAAGUCGGUGGUAUUCUUACGCUGUUUAGUUCAAGUGAUUGGCUUUUGCUGGGAGUGUUUGGCUUAAACUUGGUAAAACUGCCGAGCUUACCAACAGUUAAAGCAUAA